GCAAGACGCCAGCAGCGCCAAAGCAUUCGCGACUGCCAUGGCCUGAGCCGUGACAGCACGACUUGAGUUUAUGGCUUGGUGCUCUGAUUGUACACGUGCAGACGCGCUCUCCACAUCGGAGGUCUUCGGUGAUGGAACCCCAGUGGCGUCCAAGAAUUUGCCAAUAGCCAGCUUGCCGGUGGAUCGGAAGGAGCCUCGCACGAAUUCCAAGCAGCCGCCCACGAUCCUGGAUGAUUUGUGGCAUGUGCCGCCCAGCCACGAUCUGCUGCGGCUGGAAGAUGAAGACCUGGGUGACGUCAUGUCAGCCCAAGAGCUGAUGGCGAUAGUGCGCACAGCCACUCUGCGGCCCUCCCCCUCGCAGAUCAGACCUACGCGCCGGCAGCGCAGAUGCAGCUUCUUCGGGCUCUGCCUGGAGGCAGAGAAAGCGGAGCGCUGGAAUGCAGCUCUUUGGAGCGGCCUUUUGCUAUUUCUGUCCGCUUUAGUCCUCUUGACCGUCGCCUUUGUUGUGGUCAUUGUCGUGGUCGGAAACCAGGUCGGUGAUGAGCUGACAAAAGAAGCUCGAGAAGACUGGGUAGGAACUCCGGACAACUUGGUGGAUGCGAUGCGGAGCCAGUGCGUGGAGUUGCAGAGACAGGCCCUGCCCUUCAUGGACCUCAUCGAGGGCUACAACCGCCAGCGGGGCUUCCGCAAGGUGAGCUUCGUCACGCGGCGCGAGACCCAGGCCCAGGCCUGGUGCUUGCCAAGCCAAGGCCCAGCGAGAGUGGUCAUCGUGCAUGGACGGAAGCUGAAUGGGCUGAGCAGUUCCGCGCAAGCUGCGGGCUAUUUUCUGCGACUGAUGAAUGUCAGCGCCCUCAUAGUGUCCGACCUGACUGCGGCGCGAGAUAACCUGAGCGACUGGUUGGCGGACGAUCUCACGGUGCUGGGUGCAUGGGACUACGCGGUCUCUGAUCCAGAUGGUUUUCUGGGAGGUCCAGUGGAUCCACAGCAGGUUGCAGUGAUGGGCUUCGACUUCGGGGGCUUCAGCGCGCAGCGCGCUUUCGGUUUGGAGCCCCGGAUCCCGGCGCUGCUGCUGGAUGGCGUCGUCCACGACUUCCAGGCGCUACUGGCAGCAGAGGUUCGUGCCAUCGGCUGGGACUUUUUGCAAGGACUGCUUCAGAUGCAGGUGACCAGCCGUUGCGAGCUGAACUUGCAGCGCGCCAUCAGCCAGGUCGGUGACCUGGCAACGGGCUGGGCCGCCCGUGGUGGCAACACCUCCUAUAUUGGCAUGAUCCGCUCCAACGAGGACCGAGUUAUUCAUUCGGGUGCCGAGCAGUCGGAGGCGCUGCUGAGAAGUCUGCAGAGCAGCCUGGGAUCUGAUAAGCUCUUGCUGAACUGGGCCACAGCGUUCUCGGGGCCCAGCAGCCGCGUGUGCUGGGAGCAUCGAGCCCUCCACUUGUCGAAGACCCGGGAGUAUCAGCAGCAGCUCUGCGGCUUCUUCUCCACGGCCCUGGGCCUCUCGGUGGACUGCGUGGCCGCCGGGGCGCCGCUGGCGCUGCUGUGACUGGCCCUCGCUGGCCGCAAGCGAAGAUCUUCGUGGCAGUUUUAGGCCCCGCGACCCGCCGUGCGGCGGAUUUUUGGGAUGCCGCGGAGGCAAAUUCGCGACACUGGGUAGGGUUUUGUGUGGAGGCA